AUGUCUUUUGAUAUAUCCAAGCUUCAAGAUCCUCCAAUGCCGUCUUAUUCUUUUAGUGUUUACCAUAUCGACGUCUUUGAAAAAUCAAAAUUCAAAGACUAUGACUCCGUGCUAACAAAUCGUCUUGCUCAAGAUCAUGCUAGAGCUACAUACUUGGCAUCAAAGUUCAAAUACCGCGAUACAGAAACAAAAAAAGACCCCGAUUUUCAAGAGAAGUAUGCGCACAAUACACAAGCUAGGAUUAAUUUUGGUUGUAGUAUUGACCAAAGAAGUGGUAGUCAAGAUUUCAGUGGUACAUUUUCUGGAAUUGCUGGACUUGGUCGAAGAGUUAGCACGAAAGCUAUAGGUGGAUAUUCUUUACCAUCUCAAUUAGGGUCGUCAAUAUUUGCAUUAUGUCUACCAAGUUCUACUUCGAUUGUGAUUAACGAUAAAGUUGUUCCAGUGGAUCCUUCGUGGUGGAAUAAUGGUAAUCAAGGUGUGAUCGUUGAUUCAGGGACACUGAUCUCUCGUUUUCCUCAUGAUUUUUAUAUUAUAUUUCGCGACGUUUUUAGACUUGAGGUUAAAGAUUAUGAAAUGGUUGAAGAUGGAGUUGGUCCAUUUGAUACAUGUUACAAAGAUGAUCCAUAUGGUGCUGAAGUAUAUUUCCCAGUUGUGAGGUUUUACUUUGGCAAUAUUUCUCCAAGUCAAGAGCUGAUGUUAGUACAAGAACGAGUUGUAAUACAAAAUGCAGGGUUUUAUUGCUUAGGUUUUUUUGGAUGGAAUCACAAUUUUUCAAUUAUAGGCACUAAUCAACUUCAAGGGACAGGAUUAACUUUUGAUACUAAGAAUAACGUUCUAACUUUCAGUGUAGAUGCUUGUGAUUAA